AUGUCCGAAACUAUCCCUAUUGUGAAUUCUUGGACUGAAUGGGGACAGCUCGAAUUAAUUUGUGUUGGAAGUACGCAAGGCAUGUGCUAUCCGGAUUAUGAUUACGUUGCUCCACAUAAUGAAGUUCUUGAUGAAAGCUUAAGAAAUUAUGUCACGUCAUUUGUCGGGCCUCGUCCGGCUCAUCGUAUUCAAAUGGCACAACAGCAAUUAGAAAAUCUUUCAAAUAUACUUGAAGGGGAAUCAGUUCAAGUGAAAAGUGUUCAAGAAAUGGAUAAAGAUAUCAACUUGUUACUUGAAAGAAAGCGAACAUUUCUUCAAACGGAUGCAAAUGAAAAAGGUAACAAAGUUUUACAGAAGCAGAGAAUAGAAGUGUGUCGCUCACCGGCUGAUGGCAAACGCUUCGAUCAUUUCAUUCAAACGCCUUAUUUUCAAUCACAUUUUCAACUCGGUAUGUCCUGUCCGCGAGACAUGUUGAUUACUCUGGGAAAUACUAUAGUUGAAGCCCCAACUGCCUGUCACACGCGCUAUUUCGAGGCGAGCUACUAUCGUGACAUGAUUUAUCCACUUUAUACAAAAGACAAAAGGGUAAAAUGGUUAUCUCCUCCAAAACCAACAUGUUCAAAAGCAAUGUUUGAUGAUGCGGAUGUGUGGGAAAAAACAAGUAUGUCGACAUUUAAGAAUAAUUUUGCUCUUAAUGGAUACAAAACGUCUCUCAACGAAAAAGAACUUGCAUUCGAUGCCGCUGAUCUGAUUCGAAUGGGUAAAGAUGUUAUCUUUAAGAAAUCUGUGUCAACCAACUACAAAGGAGUCGACUGGUUGCGACGCACAUUUGGUGGAGACGGACCUGAAGGGCUACGAUUCCACGUUAUGCAUUUUCCUACAUCGCCUGAUCUACAUUUAGAUUCCACACUAAUUCCUCUUCGACCCCCGACCGCCGGAUCUGAAGGUCUUGUGCUUAUCAAUCAGAACCGUCCGCCACUCGCUAAUGAGCUGCAACUAUUUUUGAAUAAUGACUGGAAACCAAUAUGGUGUCCAUUACCAGUCAUAAACAAGGCAUCGCCAGUGGCAAAUUGUUCUCCUAACCUUAACAUGAACUUUCUGUCAUUGAAUGAACGCUCGUGUAUCAUUGAAGAAUGUGAGCUACCUCUCUAUCAUUUUCUCGAUGAUCUUGGAUUCGAUGUUAUUACAUGCCCAUUACGUGUACUGAAUGAGUUUGGUGGGGGUAUUCAUUGUGUGACAUGGGAUAUUCGACGAAACGAUUCUUGCAAAGACUACUUUCCAAACCAAGAUUAUGAUCAAGAAUGCAAUCGUAAUAUGGACAAUGCUUUCGAUCAACCGCUUUAUCAAGAUAACGUUCCCAAUCCAAUCAACUUCGCCAAAGACUCCAUCCGGGCAACACAAAAGAGUCAGGACAAAAAUUAA